AUAUAAAAUCCCAUUUCUUUGAUUGCAAGCUGUUUUCUUCACCUGAAAACCACCACAAACCCAAAAAUACUCUCUUCUUCUUCGUGUUCUUCUCCUCCUCCUUCGCCUUGUAUGCUUAUAGUAACCCCACAUAUCAUCACCAUCGGCCAUCACCUUCCCUCUCUCUCUCUCUCUCUCUACACCUUCAAAAUUCACUGUGAUUGCUUCUUUUCUUCAUAGCACUUGCAUCAAGCCUACCUCUGCAUCUCCCUCUCUCGUGCAUAUAUAUCCCAUGUUGUAAUAAACUCGCAACCUUUUCCUUUUCUUUUCUUUGUCUCUUCAAGACUUGCGCAAAAAACAUGGCCUUUCACCAUAACUUGCCAUCACAAGACCUUCCUCUUCACCACUUCACAGACCAACAAGCAACAGAAAACACCACAGCACCACCGAAUUGGCUGAACACUGCUCUCCUCCGCUCUCAACAACCACCACAACAACGAACUCACCACCACUUCACUGAUAACAACAACACCAACAAUUUCUUAAACCUCCAUAGCGCUACCCCUUCCACCACCGCCACCACUUCUGACUCCGCUUCUCAUAAUCCAACUCAAUGGCUCUCCCGUUCCUCCUCCUCCCUACUUAACCGCAACCACAGUACCGUCAUCGACGACGUCUCCGCCGCUGCCGCCGGUGGAGACCACCCCAUCAUCGCUAGUAUGUCGCAAGAAUCGUCAGAAUUGAAGAGCAUGAAUAAGAGCGAAGGAGAAACCAUGGUGGAGAGUGGCGGUGGUGGAGGAGAGGCGGUGGUGAAUUGGCAAAAUGCGAAGUGUAAAGCGGACAUAUUGGCGCAUCCUUUGUAUGAUCAAUUGUUGUCUGCCCACGUGGCGUGUUUAAGGAUUGCCACGCCUGUUGAUCAGUUGCCGAGGAUUGAUGCCCAAUUGGCUCAGUCACAACAAGUAGUGGCUAAAUACUCUGCUCUUGGAAGUCAUCAAGGAUUGGUUCCUGAUGACAAAGAGCUUGAUCAGUUUAUGACACAUUACUUUCUGUUACUUUGUUCCUUCAAAGAACAAUUGCAACAACAUGUUCGAGUUCAUGCAAUGGAAGCGGUGAUGGCUUGCUGGGAGAUAGAGCAAUCCCUACAAAGUUUAACAGGAGUUUCUCCAGGUGAAGGUACUGGUGCAACAAUGUCCGAUGAUGAUGAAGACCAAGUUGACAGUGAGGCCAAUAUGUUUGAUGGAAGUUUGGAGGGUGUAGAUACAAUGGGGUUUGGUCCCUUGGUCCCUACAGAGAGUGAGAGAUCUUUGAUGGAGCGUGUGAGGCAGGAAUUGAAGCAUGAAUUAAAACAGGGUUACAAGGAGAAAAUUGUUGACAUUAGAGAGGAAAUUUUGCGCAAGAGAAGAGCGGGAAAGCUUCCUGGUGACACAACCUCAGUCUUAAAAGCUUGGUGGCAAUCACAUUCCAAGUGGCCAUAUCCUACCGAGGAAGACAAGGCGAGAUUGGUACAGGAAACAGGUUUGCAAUUAAAGCAGAUAAAUAAUUGGUUCAUCAAUCAAAGGAAGAGGAACUGGCACAGUAAUCCUUCAACUUCAACAGUCUUAAAAAGCAAACGCAAAAGUAAUGCAGGUGAUAACAAUGGCGAUCGAUUUGUGUAAAUUCCGACAUAUAUGAUCAUUGUUCAAGCUUGCACUCCAGCAAGUACAUUGAACAUACUACAUAGCAAUGGAACUGCAAAGGGUUUGACAGUGGUCUACAGAAUUCGAGUAAGAGAACCAUAGUUUGCUUCUAGAGGGAAGAAAGACUAACAUAGAGGAUGAGGAAUGGUGAUCGAGGGUAUGCAGAUGGUAGAAUGAAUGCAACACGGUCUUGCUGAGAGUUUCAAAUUAGUGAAGAAUUCUAUUAGCAAAAACUUUAUUGGAUAGAAAUAGGGCAAUGCGCAUUGGCAAGUUUAUGAAUUUUUGUCUGCUUUAUAUAUAUGAAUAAGAAUGGUGAGGGGUGAUGGAUGUACAGUGUAAUAAUCUUUGCAUGGUUUCUUUUCAGUCAUUAUAGAUCAUAGCCUUAUCUUCUUCUUCC